AUGCGCCGAUGGUGCUGUCGGAAUGGAAGCGUGCGCGAGACGUGUUUGGGUCGCGUCCAGUGGCUACAGGCUGUCCGACAAGAUAGGAAGAACCGACGACGCUGCUGUCAAGAGACGUAUCCAAUUGCCGCUCAGGCAUGCGUAGCGCCCCCUGAACGCUUCACCGCACACCGUCGACAGACGUGGAUACGUCAACUUUUACAUCCAACACUCCUAGAUACGCUUCGCAUGAUCGUGUCACGAGCCUUUUCGUGUCGUGACUUUGGACGCUGCUGA